AUUUUUGAAGGCAAUCGACCCAUACUAACGGUGGCGGACCCGGAACUCAUCAAAAACAUUUUGGUCACAGAUUUUCAUGUGUUUAAUGAUAGGGAAGGAAACCCUUUGUUCAACUCAAAAGCCCACCCAAUACUGGGCCAAAAUCUCGAGGCAAUGGCGGGCGACGAGUGGCGUCGGGUGCGGACAGUACUGUCGCCCACUUUCUCGGCCUCACGGAUGCGUAAAAUGUGUUUCCAAAUGAGGGAAUGUGUGGACAGUAUGGUAACAGAGUUGGACACCCGGAUCACCACCACAUCCCAGUCAUACACUGAGGUCGACAUCAUUGAUGUCUUCGACAGAUUGUCCGCAGAUAUCGUCACAACGUGUUUGUAUAGCUUUAAACUGAAUCCAUGGGCCGAUACGAGUGCUAAUCAGUUUGUGGUG